AACAACCGACGACAACGAAAGCGUCUGUAUUUGCGUGCCGACAUUUCGCCAUUAUCAAGAGGGGUUCGAGUGCAUUCUUAAACGCGGAUAACAAUACAUGAAAUCGGUCUUCCGGUCCCGGCGGGUCUAAUCGACGAAUUUUUAUCGCUAUGGAGACUCGCGAACGUGUCUCGAAUUUCGCCGUAAAAGAGGAACCGAAUGAAAUUUGCGAAGAAAAAAUAUGUGUUCGCGACAGCAUCGACCGCGGAAAGGUCAUCGUUGUGGUAUCACCGACAGAGACAAAACCGCUCGCUUCCAGUGAACAUUUGAAGAGUAAGAAGAGCAAUAAUAACAUGAGCUUCCUCAACGUUAUCUCUUCUAUGCAUUCUCUUGUAAAGAAGAAUUUUGAUAACGACGACGACGACGAUAAGAAAAAUAUUACAAUAAAGCCUGAUCCCGAUGAGCCGAAGCAAUCGUGUCGCAACCGUGAGGUGGACAAGAUUUUUCCUCGGCAACGGCAGCGGACACAGACAAAUCGAUCGCCGAGACGCAAAAGCACCGGUAUCUCGACGUUGUUGUGCAUCGACGGCAACAGACUUACGGAUGCGGUGGCGGCUGGAAUUAAACGCAAGAUCCCAAGACCUGCAAACGCCUUUAUGCUGUUCGCCAAUGAGUGGCGGAGGAAACUCGCUGCAGAGAAUCCUCGGGAGUCCAACAAGGACAUUAGUGUCAGGCUAGGCGUUUUUUGGAAAAACAUGUCCAAGGAUGUAAAGGAGAAAUAUUUUGCACUGGCGCGUGAAGUGGACAGGGAGCAUAAGAGAAAGUAUCCUGAUUAUGUGUAUAAUCCGAAGGAGGCGAGGCUACGGAAGGCGAUGCGCGAGCAGACUCGUGAGCUGUCACGGCGGUCGAUCUUGCAAAGCGCGAUCGCGAAUGCAAACGCGCGCACGGCCGCGAUUGGCGGCGCCAAUUCCGUCGUUUCCGCGUCGAUGGCCGGCGGCUUCCUGAAUCAGCAUCACCGUUUCGAUUGCACGUCGAUGCCCAUGGGUCCAAACGUGAGCCCUCAUCAAGCGGCCGAGCCCUGGUUCCAGGCCGCGCAUCGCCUGAAAUCCGCGCACUCGCCGCGAAUCGGCAAUUGGUAUGGGAAUGUGUGCGGCGACCCGAUCGAGAGGCUACAAGCGAUGGGCGUGAUGCAUCAGCACCAGCAACAGCAGCAGCAGCAGCAGCAGCAACGCGACCUCGAAAAGUCUAUCAAGGACCAAAGGAACCAUCAGGCGGCGGAAUGCGCCGCGGCGGCGUUUUCCUCCAACGGCUACUCACCGGAUAUCGCAGCCGCGGAGAGAGAAAUCCGCAGACAAGAACCCGCGGAAUACGCCGACUUUGUCGACGGCCAGAAAUGGCACCCUUAUCAAAGCAGCGCGAGUCCUCAUCCACUUCCGAGAACGCCUCAUCCAUCACCGCAAAUGGGUGGCGUUCUUCAUCCAAAUGUCCAGAAUACAAACGCGCAUGGACAUAAUCCGUGGGGCCAAUUCUGUCACAGUAUUGUACCACACGUUUCAAGUGUGGCCCGCAACGCGAUGAUUCGGGGCCCGCGACAUGCAGUUUUUUUACGGGAUCGCACACCAACCAGACAUUGCGCAUUCUUGGAGGACGCAUCGCCGAUGAAUUAUGCGCCGAGCAAAUUGAACGUUGACAGCAUUCGCGCGGCUUAUCCGCCGUCGGAGCAUCAGAUGCCAAGGUUGCUGGGAUCAACGGUGGAUCCCGUCACAGACUCGACGACGAUAAAUCGACGUGAGGAAGACGGCGGGACCAGAUGGGAGCCAAACAAUGCUAGAAUGUCUCUGGACGAACUCGUGCCAACCUCCACGGAAGGCACGGUUUCUCGCGAGAAGGAGCGCGAGUCCCGGCACUCGAGCGAGCGAUUCGAGUUGAAGAAGAAACCCGUCUCGAAGCAGCCGCUUCCAGGUUUCCAUCAGGCCUUUGGCUCCACGGAGAUCGGCAGGUUCUCCAGGUCCGAGUUCUUCGUGAAUAUGGUGGGCGAGAGCAGUGGCAGCGGCAGCGGUGCUACAGCGGACGACGGCGACGGCACCGAUGGCGGCGAUGACGGUGAUCUGAUCCCGGAAGCCUACCUGACAACUCCCUUGCUAUUUCCCUUCUCACCGAAAUCCCAUGAUAUCCUAGGAGCCAAUGCUAUUCAUGGGUUCACAGAAGAUGGACGAUUGGUAUCGCGCAUUUUGCCUAACGAGUGUUGUUGGUUUACGCAAACUGGACACGCGAUAACAAGAAUUCCUGAUGGCUUUGUGACUUGCGCAGCUUUAGUGGAUUAUUUCGAUCAGAGAAAGUGGCAGGAUCGAGCAACGAUCCCGCAUCCUAUGGAGUUCCCGAUGUUAUUCGGUAGUCGAGGUAUGAGCUGCAGCGAAAGAAUCAUUAGUGAUCGUGCACAACGAAAUUAUACCGUCAUCAGCGCAGAUGAGACGAGAGAUCACGACAUUCGACGAGAGCGCGAGACUGUCAAUCUGAAGAUUAAUCGGAAUAAGAAUUCAUUUGUUGAUUCGAGCACGCACGAAUCUGAGAAAAAAAAUUAAGGAAAAUCUGCAGUUGGUAUCGCCGUUAAUAAUUAAGCAGAAAUUUGUUUAAAUAUUCAAACAUUUUAUUUGUUAAGUAAUUAAGUUGUCGCGAUAAUUUACGCAAAUAUAAUUUCUAGAAUAUAUUUCUCAUUCUUAGA